UCGGCUCCGCGCUUCGCAAGCUUCGCACAACGCGGCGGUCCGACCAGGUCCGACUCGCCUUGUGUCUUCUCUUCUGUUUUCUUUGCAGCAGUCUCGCCCCGCCCGCAUGUUCCGCCGGCAUGCUGCGCGAGCCCGCGACCUGCGAUUCGGCCGUGCAAGUGAUAGAACGACUCUCGGCCGGCACGGACGGACCGGACGGACCGCGUAGCGCAGCGCAGCGCGAGCAGUGCACCUGACGUGGCCGACGACACCGAACAGGCCGCCAACGACAACAUGACCGCCCUCGCUCGGGCCCUAGGCCCGCUGCUGCUCCUCGUGGUGCUGGCGUGCGCCGCGCAGGCCGCCGACUACACCGCCCCGUCGUACGCCGGGGGGCCCUCCUACGCCGACGUGCUCUCGGGCAAGUACAAGCCGUCCGUCAGCCCCUACAGCGGCCAGCCUCAGCCUCAGGGCCCCGCCCCAGCACCGGGCCCCGCCCCAGGCCCCGCGGCUCACGCCCCCGGACACCAUGCGCACCACCCAGCGCCCGCCGCCGCCCGCCCCGAGCACGCCGUCUCCGAGGCCGUCACGCACUUCUCGCUGGACGUCGCCAAGGACGUGCUGGCGAGGGUCCCCGGCAACGCCGUGGUGUCGCCGAUCGGCGUGGCCAACCUGCUGUCGCUGCUGCACCAGGGCGCCGACAGGCUCUCCGACACGAGCGCCCAGCUCGAGGACCGCCUCUACCUGGACAGGGAGACGUCGCGCCUGGGCGUGCCGCGCCUGCUGCAGAACGCCGUCACGAAGCGCAACGCCAAGUCCGUCCUGGAGAACGCCAACACGCUGUUCGUGAACGAGCAGUGGACGCUCAAGAAGCCGUUCCUGCAGCUGGCGCAGUACGACUACGGCAUGAACGUCUCGUCGCUGGACUUCAAGCAGCCCGAGGCCGCCGUGGCCGCCAUCAACAAGUGGGCGUCGGACGCCACGCACUCGCGCAUCCCGUCGCUCGUGUCUCCGGGCGCCGUGACCCCGCGCACGUCCCUGGUGCUGGCCUCGGCCAUGUACUUCCGCGGCGUGUGGAAGUACAUGUUCGACGCGAGCAAGAACGUGCAGAAGACGUUCUCCACGUCGCCGAGCCGCAACGCCACCGUCUUCAUGAUGCAGCAGCUGGGCGACUUCCGCGUGGGCGAGCUGCCCGACCUGGAGGCGCAGUGGCUGGAGCUGCCCUUCGACGGUGACCACUUCUCGCUGGUGCUGGUGCUGCCCGACCGCCGCCACGGCCUCGGCGAGUUGCUGCAGCGCCUGACGCCCCGACACGUGGCCGCCAUGCUGACGGACUCGCCCGCGCGGAGGACGCUCAUCACGCUGCCGCGCUUCACCCUCAGCACCGACGCCUCCCUGGGCCGCACCCUCAAGACCCUGGGCAUGAAAGCGCUGUUCGCCCGCGACGCCAAGCUGCGGGGCGUCUCCGACAACGCGCUGUCCGUGUCCGACGUGAUCCACAAGGCCGAGAUGAAGGUGGACGAGCAGGGCGCCACCGCCUCGGCCGCGUCCGCCGUCCUGGUGAACACGCUGAGCCUCAUCUCGUUCACGGAGGACAUGAAGUUCUUCGCCGACCACCCGUUCCUGGCCCUCAUCGUGGACCGCAACUCCAAGGUGCCGCUGUUCAUCGGCCGCGUGGCCGAGCCCAUCGAGGGCUUCUAGAGGACUCUGGCGCGGUGACCGGCCGCCGCGCCAGCUCGUCGUAAGUUUUAAUUGUGUAAAUCGGGGGCAUCCGUACUUUGCUCAUCGCCCAUCACUCCCUGCAACGCGGAGACAACUCAACUGUGAUUAUUAAAACGCUAAAUUAGUUUGAUGAUUGCUGCCUCACUUUACAAAUGAUUCGGCGGUGACUUCUAGAACUGAUGUUUGUUUUGUAAAUGAGGAAUGGUGAUUGACGCGCGUCAUGUUGUCAGAAGUUUAAUUUAAAGCCUUUUUCUCUUUUUUUGUACCUACAAAAUGUGAUAUGAGUCGAUGAAAUAAAUUAAGUCAUGUGAUGAACGUC